CACGAGCAAAGGGUAUUCCACUUGACCAAUUGUACUCGUCCUUAGUUUCCAAUUAAGCUCCAACAAUGGCUGCCGCGAGCUCCUCCACCUUCACCCUCACUGUCCUCUGGCUCUACUGCUUGAUCUGUGCCCAUCACUUCCCUUUCGCUUCCUCGUUUCAAUUCAGCCUCGACAUUUCAAAGACCGGAGAUCCCUGCGGCCGCGAGCUCGUGUGCACGGGCGCCGCGUCCUUCCUUACCACCUCGAUCGAGCUGACAAGCAAUGCCGGUGGCGAAGCUAGCAGAUACAACCGAGGCCUGGUGUGGUUCGCCACCCCGGUGCGUCUCUGGAACGCCGACACCGGCGAAGUUGCAAGCUUCACCACCGCCUUCUCCUUCGAGAUCAAGUCGAUCAGGCGCAGCCCGGGCUGGGGCGACGGGAUGGCCUUCUUCCUCGCGCGUUACGCCAGGGGGUACAGUGUCCUGGGCAACUCCCAUGGCGCUGGGUUACUGGGCCUCUUCAACAACGGUAACCAGUUCGACGCGACCGUCGGCGGCGACGGUGGUCACGAGGUCGUCGCCGUCGAGUUCGACACGGCCCUUAAUCCCGACUGGGACACCAGCAGCCAGCACGUUGGCAUCGACGUCAACUCCAUCAAGUCGGUGAGCUACACAAACACGAGCUCGCCGGAAAUGAUGACGAACACCAACAAGAACAACCUCACCUCCGGUUCCAAGAUGACCGCCACGGUGCGGUACGACAACGUGAGCAAGCUGCUAGCCGUCGAUCUCUGGGUCGGCCACACCUUGUACCUUGUCAACGCCACCGUUGAUCUGAAGAGUGAGUUGCCGGCGGAGGUGGCCGUCGGCUUCUCCGCGGGGACCGGUGACUACUACGAGGCGCACCGUGUACUGUCAUGGUCGUUCAACUCAACGCUUGAAGCAGAAAAGGUGGCUCUGAAUCCGACGACGUCGUCACCGGCUCCGGCAUCUCCAGCUCCUCCGAUCCCCAAACUGGAGCCGUCGGAGAAAUUACUGUCGAAGGUACUGAUUCCUGUAGCGUCCGUGUCGGUCUGGGCAGUAGUGUUUCUCCUCCUAUGGAUGUGGUGGAAGCAGCCGGCCAGAAGAACAGGCGAGCCGAACGGCGAUCCUGCCGGUUUCGACAACAUGGGGAUGGUCGGGCCAAGCCGAUACGCCUACCAGGAGCUCGCCGCCGCGACCGACAACUUUGCAGAGGGGAAUAAGCUCGGGCAAGGAGGUUUCGGCAGCGUCUACAAGGGACGCCUUCUGAACGACGGGCAGAAGGUGGCCAUCAAGAGGUUCUCGUCGGGGUCGUCUUCUCAGGGCAGGAAGGAGUUCGAGGCCGAGGUGAGGAUCAUCAGCCGGCUCCGGCAUCGGAACCUCGUGCAGCUGUUGGGCUGGUGCGACAGCCCCAAGAAGGGGCUCUUGCUCGUGUACGAGCUCGUGCCGCAAGGGAGCCUGGAUAAGCACAUCCAUGACAACCCAAGGUUGUUAACUUGGUCCGAGAGGUACAAGAUCAUCCUGGGAUUGGGGUCAGUGCUGCGCUACCUGCAUCUGGACUGGGAGCAAUGCGUGGUGCACGGUGACAUCAAGCCCAACAACAUCAUGCUAGACUCCUCCUACAACACCAAGCUGGGAGACUUCGGGCUCGCCCGGCUCGUCGACCACGGCUCCGACCCCAAAACGACGGCGCUCCUUCAGGGCACCAUGGGCUACGUCGACCCGGAUUUCCUCAACACCAGCCGGCGGAGCACCCAGUCGGACGUCUACAGCUUCGGCAUCGUCCUGCUGGAGAUCGUCUCCGGCCGGAAGCCGGUGAGCCGGCAGGACCCGUCGUCCUUCGUGCUGCCCAAGUGGGUGUGGAGCCUCUACAGCCAGGGCGCUACGGCCGACGCCGCCGACCCACGGCUGAGGCCGUGCGCCGCCGCCGAGGAGCGGCAGAUGGAGCGCGCCCUGGUCGUGGGGCUCUGGUGCGCGCAUCGCGACCCGGCGGAGCGCCCCUCCGUCGCGCAGGCCAUGCACGCGCUGCAGUCGGAGGACGCGAGCCUGCCCGCGCUCCCGGCGGACACGUACAACGUCGAGGCGGCACCACUGGGCUUCGCCGUGGCCGAGAGCGGCGGCUUCGUCAGCUCCUCAUCCAGCGGCGGCGUCUGCUCUCCGGCGACCGCCACAAGGACAUCUUCGUCGGAAUAGCUCUCGCAAAUUAUUCUUUUGAUGUUUUUUUCCGUCAUAUACUUGUGACUACGAUUCGGCGUGUUGAUUAAAUUGCUUUCCGGGACAUCUUAGUUGUCUGCAUAUUUCCACUGCUUUCAGGAGGAAUUCAGGUGCUAUGUAUCCGUGUAAUCAUUUUUAGAACCAUGUGUGUACGCAAAAAUGAUUGUACAAAUCUAGUGUUUUAUAAAAUUUAGUUUGGUUUAUUUGUUACCUUUUGUGCUUGCAUUGAGAGUCAUGCAACAAGUACCGGAAAACGAGCCAAAGAUUCAGGCCAAAAGUACUAGCUCAUAUUGUAACCGGUACUAAUACUAGGCAUUGGUACCGGUUGCAACAACAGCCGGUACUCUUGGGCUGCGCCAAGCGCCGGAAAAUUGCGCCGCGUUAGAAACCGGUACCAAUUGAAUAUCAAAGACACCGGUUAAAAUCAUGAGCCGGUUCCGAUUGGUCUAUGCAUUAAUGGUACCGGGUAAUGGCACGACCCGAUGCCUUUGGAGCAGACAUCGGCACCGGGUCAUACCACAACCCGGGGCCAAUGAAGGUGACAAGCCUUAGGUACCAGUUCAAACAACCACCCGGUACCAAUCAACUCGCGAUAUUUUAAAGUCCGGCCCUCGACACCUGAGCUCUCAUCUCUCUACCCCUCAUUUCUCUCCCUCUCAUCUCUCUCUACCUUAUCCUCAGCGCCCAGCUCAUCGCUGCUCCAGCAGGCCGGCCUGAUGAUGGGCUCCCUGCCCAUGCCCGGGCUGCACCAGCAAGUGGCGGCUGCGGCCGUGCAGCAGCUGGACCAGAGCGGGGAGAAUGACUGCGGCGAGGCCGCGGGGAGCAGCGGUGGCAGUGGUACUGGCAAGGAGAAGGCGCGGAUCAGCGGCGCCGGGAGGUCGUCGUCAUCGUCGGGGAGGAAGAAGGUGAGCAGGCCGCGGUUCGCGUUCCAGACGCGGAGCGCCAACGACAUCCUGGACGUCGGCUACCGGUGGAGGAAGACAGCGCCCACCCCAGGUUCGUCAUUCGGUUUCUCGAUCCAUCUCUUAAUUACUACUUAGUUUCGCAUCACUCGUUUUCAUCCGAAGCGCGGGGACUAAUGGGGUCGCAGUACUUGCUUGCUCUCCUCUCUCUCUCUUUCUCUCUCUCUCGUGCAACACUAAUUGAUUUGUGGCUGCAAGGGGCACCGGCCGCCGCCGUGAAGCGCGGGGACUGCCAGGCGCACGGGUAGCUGCCCGCUUGCCACCGCUGGUGGAGCGCGCGGGCCGCCGCGGGAGCCGUGGACCGCGUGGGCCGCCGCCGAGGAGCACGGGAGCCAGCUGUCGGAGCCGGCCGUGGUGAUUUUUUCUUUCUUUUUCUUAGUUUUCAGAUGCAUGUGGGAUUGUAUAGCUUGUAUCUAUCUUGUGAUUGAUUCUUUGAAUGAUUUGUGGGAUCUAUGGAUUUUGCAUCAAUCGAUUCAUAUACUUUCGUUGA